UCGGCUGAGGCAGCCACGGAGGAGAACAACGGAGCCGCGACUCGAAGCCAAACAAACCGGGUGGAAAGUGUACAUUUAUAAAAUAGUACAAAGGGAGUAGUUUUGGCUCAUUUCUAGGAUUACUAUAAGGAGUUAAGGACGGAUGCAGCGGUGAUAUCCACUCCUCACGGCAGCUGGGUGGCGGUGCUCUUUAGCAUCAGCUAGCCGGUUAGCUGGUGGUGACUGACGGGGAAGCUGUUUGUAACAUCAGCCCGGCUGGCCACCACACGGACAGACAAAGGAGAGAAAAGACAAAAAAAAAAAACAACUUAAAAGUUGAAAUUACGUGACAUAUUACUGAUAGGGAGCGUUGUUUUGUUAUUAACAAGUUAGCCGUUAGUUUUCAGACUAGCUUUAGCUAACUGAACUUAGCUGUCGUUGGGUCGUCUCCGGCUUUGACAUCUGUAAAUACUGGAUUUGGGAGCUUUAGCUAACAUCGCAAGGAAGACACAAUGAGCACCGAGGCGGAGACCGCAGCGUCCACUAAACCCACUCAGGAGGAUGACGGCAUGACAUGGUGGUACCGAUGGCUCUGCAAAAUAGCUGGAGUUUUGGGAGGAAUAUCCUGUGCCAUCUCAGGAGUGUGGAACUGUGUCACUGUGAACCCUUUAAACAUCGCAGCUGGAGUCUGGAUGGUGUUGAACGCCUUUGUGCUGUUCCUAUGUGAAGUCCCAUUCUGCUGCCAGUUCAUAGAGUUUGCCAACGCAGUAGCAGCCCGUGCCGACAAACUCAAACCUUGGCAGAAAGCCUUCUUCUACUGUGGGAUGGCUCUGUUUCCCAUAUUCUUGAGUUUCUCCUUUACAACCUUGUUCGGAAACGCCAUCGCCUUUGCCACAGGAGUUCUGUACGGCCUUGCAUCUUUAGGCAAAAAGGGAGACGCGGUGACUUACGCCAGACUGCAGCAUCAGAAACAGGGCGAUGAAGAGAGGAUGACAGAAACAGCAAACGGGGCUCCGGAGUGAGGCGUUUCCACCCUCCUCUUCCCCUCUAUUCUUCAGUUCUUAUAUCCCUCCAUCCAUCCUGCACCUCCCUCCAUGCCUUCUUUCCUUUUGCCCCCAUUUCUAUCACUACAUCAUUAUGGUACUGAGUUAAUUUAUUGACUCAAACUGCUGCAUUCUUGUUGUUUUGACCUAAAAGUAUCCAAACAGAUUAACGUUGGAUUCAGGCCAUUAUUUGGUACCUGGUGUGUGAAUGGGAUGUCUCGUUAUGACUCGAUACUUUAGAUCGUACGUUUUGUUUUCAUGGUUUUGAACCUUCUUCUGAGUUCUAUUUAUUACUUGUAUCCCUUUGUUGUUUGUGGAUGCUGUCAGUUGUAAACCCUGUUUUUGAAGGAAACGCGAGGUACAUUUUUUUUAAGCCCAGAAAGAGCCUUUUAGGAAAUCUGAAAAAAUAAUGUGAUUGUAAAAUGUAUAUAAUUCAGGUUUUUCACCACCUUCUCUUCUCAUUUCUCCAUUUUUACAUUCCUCCUCCCCUCACGUCUUAUUCUCUCCCACCUGAGAUGCGAGCUGAGGAGGCAAAGAUUAGACAUGUGGUGAGAGGAAAACAAGAGGCAUUUAACAAAAUGAGACAUGCAAGCUUCAGAGCCGUCUGUUAGGCAGCGUCUGUUAAAUGAGGUGUUAUACAGCUGCAUCAUCAGCUGUGCCUCUCAUAUGCGUCAUGGGUACUUUUGCAAAGGAUACAUCUGUGCAUCCUCGCUCACAGCUCCUCCUCUUUCCUCGAGAUCCAUUUUAGAAAUUGAGUCAUCCUUCAAGAUACUGAGACCUUUUUGGUUGCAGGCAGGGGUACGGAGGAGAGAGGAGGCACUAAAUACAGAAAUGAGAAGAGCUGUAUGACCUUUAGGCUGUGAUUCAGAGUUGUCUGAUUGAAGGGGUGCAGUGGGUAAGGAUAAGUUAAUAACAUGGGGCUUAGACCUGUUUUAUCAGCACACCCAAAUAAUGAUAUCAUCUCUUUUGCAGCCCUAACUUUGUUAUCAUGGGAACGUUUUGGGCAAAGCUUGUUGGGUGAACUCUGCUUUUAAAUCAAAGAAUCUACUUUAAAGGUCCAGUGUGUAGGAUUUAGGGGGAUAUAUCUGGCAGUAAUGGAAUCUAAUUUACUAAGUAUGUUUUAUUUAGUGUAUAAUCACCUGAAAAUAAGAAUAGUCUUGUUUUCAUUAGCUGAGAAUGUUAGCUACGUAGGGAGCUGGUCCGCAGAGUCUACCGUGUUGCACCCCCGUGUUUCUACAGAAGUCCAGAACGCACAAACCAAACACUGGCUCAAGAAAGGGCCAUUCACAUUUUCUCAAUGCCCAUCGUAGUUAGCAGCCCCUCUGCAACAAGCAGUGUCCAAAAAAAAAACGCUGAUUUUUAAAGGGAAACUGCUUUAUUUAUUAUUCUUAUAUGGGGCAACAUAUCAUGUAGGUGGAACUGUGUGGGUUUUUUACCUGCUACACAGACUCCUGCGGCGUUUUUCCAAUUGAUAAUACAGUUGGCUAUGCAGCAUUUUGAAGAGUAUAGGCUAUCUGCAUUUGAACUGAAUUUCUCAAUUGGAUCGUUUUAACAACGUGAUGCAUUAAGUGGAUUAAUUUAUUUUAAUGUGAAAUGUAAAAAAAAAAACACUAGGCUGCUCAACUGCUUUGCAUCUCCUGUAGGACAAAGACAAAGAAAUUUUCAUCAUUUUUUAAACCGAUUGGGCUAAUUUUUUACACACUUCUGUUUUACCAGUUGGUUUGUACACACAAAACUGCUGUGUUAUGUGUUUUUGCCAGUUUAAAUCACUGGGUCCACUGGUUUUUGAGAGGUAGACAUUUGCGGAUAAUUUUGUUCCCGGUAAAAACCUCCUGAAUAAUAAAAAACAAAAGGAAUCUCAACCAGGGGUUCAUGCGUGGCCCAUUAGAAAAGUUUUAUCUGGUUGUAAUUUGCAGUUCUAACCACUAGAUGCCACUAAAUCCAACACACUGCUCUUUUAAGCAGCUAAUGAAAGAUUACUAAGGUAAAAACUAGUGCAACAAAAACUCUAUUUCCAUGUGAUUAUAUUAAACUUAAUCAUUAUAUUUAUUGAAAGUAACUGCCUGAUUUUUAAGAAAUCAUUUGGACUGGGCAGAAACCUACACAGAUCCGUGAAUAUCCGCGUUUCCAUAAGUUUCUUCUUUGUAUUUACGUCCUAAAAUGUACCUUCACUGGACUACUUUUGAUGAAAGAUGCGGUUUUGGUUUUACAGUAUUAAACCGAUUGUGCAGACAAACUCUGACUUGCAGCCUGAAUGCAUUUUUAAACAUACAUAGGCAUUAGAGAUACUUCAAACAUUGGGGAAUGUAUCUGUUUACCCAAAGAUAAAGACAGUUUAUGCUUUCAUGUAUUUAUAUUUAAGGUGAUUUAAGCUCAGCAGAGACAUUCCUGCACUAUUUUUUUGGUAGCAUGGACUCUGGUUUCGAGGGAAUGUCAUUAAAAGCUUUCACUGUACCUGUCAGCUUGUUUACGUACGGGUCCUCAUGAUCAAGCAGCCGGUGGCCAAGUUGUGGCUGCAGAUGUUGUGGCACAUUGUCAUGGAAAAAACUGGAAUGUGCACUUACAUGUUGCACCUUUUUUUGUUUGAGAGUCUGUAACUGAAUAUGUGUUUAUCAUGAGUCUUAAGUAGUACACAUAACAAAUUCAAAGAGGGGAAGUGUCUUGAUUCAGGGACUAAUUGGUCUGUAUCCCACACAAUCACCAGAGCCAUGGUUUGCCUUUGUCACUCAAAAUGAGGUAUGCAGUGGUCAGAAAUGUACAAUUUGUUUUUGUGCUGUUUUGUUGCCUUGUCUCUGUUGUGUCAUCAGUAAUAAGGAUGCUUUUGGGAAUAAUUGUUUACACGUACCUCUUACAGCUGUUUCCAUCCUAAGUCUCUUACUGGCUGCUCAGUGACUGAGUGGAUUAUUCACACGUUACCACCAGCUCUCAGGUAUCAUACCAAACAAUGCACAGACACAAAGUAUGCGUAGAUUGUAGAUGUAUGGUAGCAUGACUUUAUCAUUUGAGCUGACUGAAAAGCAUUUGGGUCACAUUAAAAACGUGCACAACCAGUGUUCACGAGUGAUUAAACACUACAUACAAACCAGCAGUAUGCUACAGUCUGACACUACACACUCUUACUGUUUUAACAAGAUGUGAAAACAAAAAACACUACUUUCCUUGUCCACAGCCAUCCAUCCCUCCAUCCAUCCAGUUUUGUUUUAUUGCAGUAACAUGUAUCCAAGACUAUAACUUGAUUGAUUUUAAAUCUGCAGGUGAUGAGUGCAUAUGUUUGCUGUAAGGGAUAUGUGUAUAAUGUGUGUUGUGCUGUGAAUCCUGAUCCUGUGAAUUAAACAAACUUGCUACUA